GAGGUGGCCCAGAUGAAGAAUGACAAAGAUGUGAACGUCGGCGAGCACUGGGCUAUCGCGGAAGGGGUGAUUGGAGGCGAUGCCAAAGACGUCAUCCAGACAGACGUGGUUGCUUCGAGCUGCAAUUCCAUCGACAUGGAGUACUCGCUCGUCGGCCUGACCAAGGCAGAGUUCAAAUCGCACUUCGGCAAAACACCUGAGGAGUGCGACAUCAAGCUGAGGGACCUUCCGAGACCAAAUGGAUCCAUGUUCAAGGGUGUGCUUAUGAGGAACCCGAUGGCCCCAUGGGUUACAUGCACCGUCAAGUCGACGCGCGGCGCGAGCUCGAAACGUCUCGAGCUGGAGGGUUCUCAGCAGAAGUUCGAGCAGCAGGCCGUUCAGAUCAGCAAGCUCAAGAUUAACGAGAUGGAGAAGGAUAAGCUUGUGACAGCGAUGCGGAACUGCACGGUGACCCAAGAGGGGAUCCUUGCGAAGUUGGUGCAGAUGGGCGCCCCUAUUCAUGAUCGCGUCGUCGGGGCGCUCGCUGGCAAUGCGAGGCAGGCCGCCCCGAGGAACGAGACUCCCCAGGACCUUGUGGCCAGGAAGAAGGCUUCCCUUCCGAUCGAGCAGAUGCUGGCCAGCAAAAAGUCGCACGGCACGCAGAUCCGUUUCGCCAACGCUGCGUUGAAGAUUGUCAAGGAUAAGGGGCUCACGGCUUUGCACGACGAGCUCAAGGACCACAUCCAGCUAGCUGUUGCAGCACAUUGGUUCUGUGAGAACAGCCUCAGGUCGACAGAGUGGACAGAGAUCGUGAAGAGGACCGGCGUCCUGCACGAGAACGAGGUCGACUUCCCGUCUGCGUUCAAGGAGGAGCUUCACGACAGGAAGACCCAGGAGAUCAUCAAGAAUGACAAGAUCGACGUCAUCGAGUGCACUGCUGUGCUGGCCGUGGCGAAGGCUGCCAAGCUCCUGUCCGACUUCUACGUUUCCGUCGGGCACUACAUCGAUGGCGGUAGCGACAAGUGCGGGGACCUGAUCGAAUUCUCGGGGAAGGCGCAGAGCUCCCUCACUGCUGACCUCGACAACCUCCCAGAGGAGAUGGACGCCGUGGCAUCGGAAUUGGAGUUCGUGCACAAGUGUUUUCGGAUGAUGGGCGAUGGUGACGUUGACUGCCUCGAGAGCAUCGUCGAACUGAACAACAUCAAUGUCAAGGACAACAAGCGUGAAUGUAGUAGCAAACGUGCCUUUGCCAAAAGCGUGCGGAAAUCUCCCUUCUGGUGCGCGCGGCUGAAGGAUGUCAUCAAGUACAAGGAUGGAAUCGAGAAGCACGUGCCGAACAUGAAGGCCGUGAAGAAGUUCGCGUACAAGGGCCAAGACCUUCCUGACGAUUUCUUCGCGGCCACAGCGCAGCAAGCUUUCGAUGAAGCGACUGUCUUGCGCGAGAUCAGGUACCAAGUGCCAAGCUGGAUGAUCAAUGACUUUCUUGAUGCAGUCGACGAGAACAUCAAGAACAUGCACAAGAUUUGGUGGACUACUAGGGGUCAUGCUGGCGCGACCAGUGAUGAAUUGUCGCAUUGGUCGAGGGUGGUCAGUGUUGCCCAGCUGGCUUUACCGACAUCGUCGAGUACGUGGGCGGCAAUGUGGGCAGACAUCAAGGCUGCCAGCGAGCGCACUGACAAGGCCAACGCACUGAAGCGCCUGACUGCAAUCAUACAGGAAGACCUGACGGGAGACCCAAUGCCAGAGAAAGACGUCGACGCGAUGGAUGAGGCUCUCACCUUCCUCCUGUCAAAGAGCUCAUGCGGCGACGGCUCCGACUUACCUGGGUUAUCAGACGAACAGAGCAGGGCCGUAUUGCGGUCAACCACUGGCCAUUGCAUGACGCAUGCCAACACAUUCAAGCCGAGGGAGCAGCGCCAGCUCAAGAUUGCCAGCUUCGUGUGUCGGUUGGUUGACGUCUUUGGGGAUCUCGGCAAGAUUUCGGCAGGCGAAGCUAAACUCAUGAAGGAGUGGACAGACAGCCUUCACAACACGAUCAACGAGUACUUCCAGAUGGGCGCCACAACGAAGGAGAGGAUCCAGAAGGACGUCGAUUGCAAGGCCUUUCGGGCGGCCUUCCAGGCCGUGGAACGUUCCGAUGAGCUUUACAAGAACACGACCAAAGAUGAGAAGAACGCAUUGGUGAGCGAAGCCCUCGGGAUCAAAGCCCAUCUGCUGGAUGACAAGGACAGCGUGAUCACUUCAUCGCAUCAGCCCGUGUUGUCUGCCCUCGCCAGCCUGAAGACCAUGUACAAAGGUGGAGGGGACGGCACGUCGUGGGCGGGUGGCUUCAACGGCAAAACGAAAGCGGCGCUCUUGAAACACGCAGAUGCCACGUUGAUGGAGUUCAACGGAGACGAGCCCAAGACCCGCAACGAUGCAUUGAAGAGCCACUUCGAGCAUUACGGGGCCACCUUGAACACGUUCAAGACACCGAUGCCAGCCGAUGACGCCAAGGCGGUGACCGACGCGAUCACGAUCGCGGAGAGGACGAUGCAGGAGGCCAUCUGCAUCCACGCGCUCAAGGGCGAGACGGGGAGCGAGGUGGGCCGCCGCCGCAAGAUGAAGCCGCUCUUCCAGAAGCUCGAGACCUUCGAGGGCGCCAACGAGGUCCUCCUGUCGGUGAUGUCGGCGGCGCUCGGCGCGCAGCCGAAAGCGAAG